GUAAACUACACCGCCAUCUUGCUCUGACUAAAGUAAAUUGAAGGUACCUGACGUCGUAAAAACGACUUCCCAACCGUUCCAACUCGUAAAUGAGAACUUCCCAGGAGGACUUGAACGCACCAUCGUGACACUUCAGUUUUAAUGGUGAAAGAGUGCGAGGGUUUAAACGAGGUUACAGACUGAGUCUGGCUGCUAAUGCGGUCAGCUGAGGAACUUCCAGCCACAAUCGAUUUAUGUAAUCCCCAAUUUAUUUUGCAACAAAGAAAAUCCUUCACUUCAGGUUUUCAUCGCACACGUCAACUGCCUCGUGGGGGAUGUGUGAGGACCGCUGUUCAUCCCAGUGCCAAAUUCCUGUGUCCAAUCCCCUUCGCUGAUCCCGCAGCUCUCCCAUGGACCUUUUAAAAGUCGCUGCUCCCCACGCUUCAGUGUGCAUUCACUCCAGUCUGCGAGCACUUCCACACCUAUAAGAAGCUCCUGACUUCAACUUGGUUGCACAUUGUACAGUCUUUGAGAUGGCUCUUCAAAGCUCCAUUCUGCUCUUGGCCCGCAAGAAUCUGCUCCAGGAUUCAUGCAAGCAGUUUCUCAUCCAAGCCCAAUGGCUGCACAAGUCCGCGUCGAGCGGCUCUCUGGAGAUCGCGGCGCACAGUCAGGCGGACCUAAAGGAGGAGAACGUGGUGCCCCCGGCCGCAGAGGUGCAGAAGGAUACGAGGGUGAAGACCCUCCAGGAGAUGCCCGGACCCAGCACUUUCUCGAACCUCGUUGAGUUCUUCUACCGGGAUGGAUUCAGCCGCAUCCACGAGAUCCAGAUGGAGCAUUCGCAGAAGUUUGGAAAGAUCUUUAAAUCUCGAUUUGGACCUCAGCUGGUGGUGUCCAUUGCUGACAGAGACAUGGUGGCACAGGUUCUCAGGACUGAAGGUGUGACUCCUCAGAGAGGCAACAUGGAGUCCUGGAAGGAGUACAGAGAUAUGAGGGGAAGAUCCACUGGACUCAUCUCAGCCGAGGGUGAUGAGUGGCUGAAGAUGCGCAGUGUUCUGCGCCAGCUGAUUAUGCGCCCCAAAGAUGUGACUGUUUUCUCCCCUGACGUUAAUGAUGUGGUGGUCGACCUGGUGAAGAGAGUGAAGACACUACGCAGCCAGCAGGACGACGGCCAGACUGUCCUUAACAUCAAUGACCUGUUCUUCAAAUAUGCCAUGGAAGGUGUUGCGACCAUUUUGUACGAAACUCGGCUGGGCUGCUUGGAGAACGAAAUUCCCAAGAUGAGUCAAGAGUACAUCGCUGCACUGCACCUCAUGUUCAGCUCUUUUAAGACCACCAUGUACGCCGGCGCCAUUCCUAAAUGGCUGCGUCCCAUAAUUCCCAAACCCUGGGAGGAAUUCUGCAGCUCAUGGGACGGCCUCUUUAGAUUCAGUCAGAUUCAUGUGGACAAGAAGCUUUCAGAUAUCAAAAAGAAGAUGAAGAGAGGUGAAGAGAUUAAAGGAGGGUUGCUGACUCACAUGCUGGUCACCAGAGAGAUGAAUCUAGAGGAGAUCUACGCAAACAUGACUGAAAUGCUACUGGCUGGGGUGGACACGACCUCUUUCACACUGUCUUGGAGCACAUACCUUCUGGCAAGACAUCCCAAAAUACAGCAGGAGAUUUUUGAGGAAGUGGACAGAGUGCUGGGUGGGCGUGUCCCAACCGGAGACGAUGUUGCUUAUCUGCCCCUUAUUAGAGGGCUUGUCAAAGAGACGCUCAGGCUUUUCCCGGUUCUCCCUGGAAAUGGACGUGUUACACAGGAUGAUCUGAUCAUCGGCGGCUAUUUCAUCCCUAAAGGGACUCAGCUGGCUCUGUGUCAUUACUCCACCUCAAUGGAUGAGGAGAACUUCCCCCGUCCCGGAGAAUUCCGUCCAGAUCGCUGGAUCCGCAAGGAUGCCUCUGACCGAGUCGACAACUUCGGCUCCAUCCCGUUCGGCUACGGCAUCCGCAGUUGCAUCGGGAGGAGAAUAGCCGAGCUCGAGAUGCAUCUGGCUCUCACACAGCUCCUGCAGAAGUUCCACAUUGAGGUGUCUUCCCAGACCGCUGAUGUGCGUGCCAAGACUCAUGGCCUGCUUUGUCCAGGAGCACCCAUCAACCUUAGAUUUGUGGACCGAAAGUAAUCUGUAAUAACACUGUGUGUUAAUGUAAUAUGUCCAUAAUCCACAAUGCGCUUCUUGAAGGCCAAAGAUUGUUAGUGUCUUUGUGUAUACUAGUGCCUCUUCCAGCUUUUAUCUAACAAACAAUGCUGUUUUUAUUUGCGUGGAGUACCUCUAAGAACAUUUUUAAUAGAUUAUUGGUAGUUUUCUUGUUUGAAUAUUUAUAGCAUAACAGACCAAAUAUUUAGAAAAUGUUUAAACAGGCUCUGUUUCAUUUAGGCGAAUCAAUACGAAUUUCUUCGAGAAUUGUGUUCGAAAAUGUUUUCAAAUUCAUUUACAUCAUAGUAGCAGUUUAAUUUUUUAUUAACUUUUUCGUUUCGCUCGGCCUUAAAAAUCAGUGUGAAAUAUGGUCAAAAAGACCUUGUAUAUAGAUGUUUUACUAUUAAAUUAGCUUUAGUGCUAAGCUCAUUAUUUAUUUAACAAGGUAUGCGUAUAUACGGUUUAAGACUUCUAGCUUACAAACAGUAAAUUCCUAAAGCAAACAUGAGAGAGUAAAUCCUAUUACAGCUACAAAGCUACUUUAGAAGAUCAUGCUAAUAUCCUGUCCUGUGGACAGCAAUGUUAAGUUGAAAAUUGUGUAAAGAAAGCACAUCUAAUCACAACCAUGCUCAUCUUGAUUUCAGUGUGGCUACAACUAUCUAAUUUGUUAUUCAAAAGUGAUGAUUUUGUGUUGGUUCCACUAAAACAUAAUUAUUUUAAAGCGAAAUACAAAAUGUACUUUUUUAGCUUUUUUAGUGCACUAGCCUUAUAGGCAACAGAUGGAUAAUGGGACAAGCUGAAAGCUGCUUUUGGAUAAAAUUAAUGUUGUUUUUGAGGGUUGUGAAGUAAUAGAUUGUGUGAAAUUGGCAAGUUUUUGAUAUGUGGAAACAGGCUUUUGAAUGUUUCUGAAUUUUGUAAGAAUAAAUUACACUUUGAAGA